AGUUCACACUGUCGCAAAACCAGCCAUCAACUCUGCUGAAAAACGUUUGAAAUGAAGAGGACACAGAACAACAACAUCAGCAAUCGCGAAUUAAAGUUAUUAAAUACUUCACAGAUCAAAACUCAGCUGGCAUCUUGAUCCAGAUGGCAACAUUCAACGGAGAAGGAGUAAACCACCUCUUAGUAGAAGUGAGUCCCGACAUCCACAUCUGCGGCUUCUGCAAACAGCAGUACAACAACGUUGAGGUCUUUUUUGCACACAAGCAAAACUGCUGCCAAAUCCCCUCGACUCAAAUAUCAGCCCGAAACAACAGUGGACCCAGUGAGACAUUUCAGACAUGUGUACCAAAAGUCAAGAAGACCCUCACCAAAGCCCAGAAAACCCCCUCCAAAAAGCUAAAGCCUGCACUAACUCAGAAAAGACACAUAUGCACAUUCUCAGGUUGUACAUUCAAAACUCAGUAUGGCCAAAAAGACAUGGAGAGACAUAUGUUAACACAUACUGGUGAGAGGCCUUUCGAGUGUGAACUGUGUCAUAAACGCUUCAGUCGUCGCGAUAAGCUGAAUCUCCACAGCCGUUUGCACACGGGAGAGAAACCACACAAGUGUAAGUACUGUCCGUACGCGGCGGCCGACAGCAGUAGCCUGAAGAAGCAUCUUCGUAUCCACUAUGACGAGAGACCCUUUAAGUGUCAGAUAUGCCCCUACGCCAGCCGCAACUCCAGCCAGCUGACCGUUCACCUCCGAUCUCACACAGGUGACGCCCCUUUCCAGUGCAAUCAAUGCGAUGCCAAAUUCAAGAUCAACUCUGACCUGAAGCGUCACAGUCGGGUUCACUCCGGCGAGAAGCCUUAUAAGUGUGAACUCUGUGAGUAUCGCUGUGCCAUGAAGGCCAACUUAAAAUCGCAUGUGCAGCUAAAACACAGCGCCUCUGACUCCUUCCGCUGUUCAAAGUGUGACUUCCAGUGCUCCACCAAAGCCGCCCUGCGACACCAUUCCCGCCAGCACCAGCCGGCCCAGCCUUUGCAGUGCAGCGAGUGCAGUUACUCCUGCUCCAACAAGGGGGCUCUCAAGAUCCACGAGCGCGUGCACUCGGACGAACGGCCCUUUAAAUGUGAGCACUGUUCGUUUGCUAGUAAGCAGCGGAGUAAUUUGUUAAUUCACAGGAGGAAGUGUCAUGCGGAUAAACCGGAUCGGCCGUGUAAAGGCGGGACAGGGGAGGAGCCACCCAAACCUCUUAGCUCACGCUACCGGGCGAGACUGGAGGCAACGCGGGCGUUUCGUUGCGACUUGUGCGAGGCUUCGUUCGUCAGGGAGGAUUCUCUUCGCAGCCACAAGAGGCAGCAUAACAGUAACGCACAACAACAAACUUAUAAUCAAGAGUCACAAACUGUUACCAAACAACCUGUACAAAAUGCAGGAUUUGCCUCUAUUGCAACCGACGCGCCAUCUUCCUACAACGCAACGCAUCUUAAGAUCAUUGUGGCGCCCUCUUUAGUACCGGAGGCUACUUUCGUUCAGGCUUCCGCCGCAAAGACGCUGCUCGGUCCGGAUGAUCACGAAGUGCUUUUGAACCCCGUAAUACAGCACGUCAACAUGCUAGCACCAGAAGGCGGCCUCGAGCACCAGACGGUUUUACUCACUCAAAUCAGUCCCGGUGAAACCGUCCCACAAACCAGUACUCAAAACUUCAUCGCAUCAGCUUCCGACGGCACACACACCUUUAUCACGUCCUGUUCUGACCUGGAAAGCCUCCACAAGCUCAUCCAGGAGGGCGGGACCGAGGUUACGGUGGUAACGGAGGCAAAUCCGACGAUCGCCGCCACAAAAGAACCGCUGAACAUUGACGGCACCUUGUCUCAGGACGUGUCCAAGCACUCAGAGGUCGCUAUGCCUGAAGACAGUUUAGAUAUUGGUCCACCGGGGACCAUUCUUGUUCAAAGUCUCCCUUUGUCCAUUUCAACACAAGACCAGCAGGCUAACAAGUACCAUCUGUCUCCGCACCAUAUAUUUUCAGACUCAAACACAGUGGACAUCGGUGAUUCGUAGUUAUGCAAAUCAUUGUGAUAUCGUGGUUAAAACUAACCGUGUUUGUUUUGUUAAUUUCCUGUUUCUUUUUCCAACUAAUGCUUCAUUCACGUUGUGUUGGAAUUACUGUAAUUAUAAGAUUGGCAAUCAGACGUUCAGCUCUGAGGUCAUCACGUCCUCUAACUCAGAAAUGAUUCACUUUCUACAGCAACAUUCAUGCAAAAUGGAUUAAAGGGUUAGUUUAUCCAAAAAUGAAAUUUCUGUCAUUAAUUACUCACCCUCAUUCAUUCAUCUUCAGAACACAAAUUAAGAUAUUUUUGAUGAAAAUACGUCAUUAUACCUUUUGAGGUCCAGAAAGGUAGUGAAGACAUCGUUAAAAUAGUCCACAUGACUACAGUGGUUCAACCUUAAUGUGAUGAAGCGAUGAGAAACAAAAUAACUUUGUUCUUCUCUUCCAUGUCUUUCUCCUACUCUGAUUACAUUGAAGACACAGUUCAGCGCUUCCUGGUUUUACGUCCGAACGCUGACUCAUUAUUGGCCGGCUCCUGUGUCAGCAUCUCAUGCAUGCGUCGUGCUGCUCACGUGAACGGCGUCGGCCAAUACUGAGCCAGCGUUCGGACGUAGAACCCGGAAUCCUGCGUUUACAACAUCGACAGCGUAGGAGACUGACAGGGAAGAGAAGAAAAUAUUGAAUAAAGUUGUUAUUUUUGUUAUGUUUUUGCGCACAAAAAGUAUUCUCAUCACUUUAUAACAUUAAGGGUGAACCACUGUAGUCACAUGGACUACUUUAAUGAUGUCUUUAGUACUUUUCUGGACCUUGAAAGUGGUAAUUACAUUUCAUCAAAAAUAUCUUAAUUUGUGUUCCGAAGAUGAACGAAGGUCUUACAGGUGUGGAACGACAUGAGGGUGAGUAAUUAAUGACAGAAUUUUCAUUUUUGGGUGAACUAACCCUUAAAUGUGCAAGUUUGUUGGUAACGACAACAAAAUACUUCAUCACUACUUUAAUUCACAUUGAAAUACAAAGAAAGUAUAUCAGGUAACACCAGUAAAUAUGCUGUAGAGAUUAAUAGUUAACUUUAAAUGUUCAAACCACUGCCAUUUUGGUGGCAGAAAAAAGCGCUGUCAUAAAAUUAAGAGUUCGACAAAGACAAAUUUUACAAGUUGAAAAUGUGUUGUUUUGACAUAAUAUAUAGGGGUUGCCAUACUGGAUCAGGGAGUCAUAGUUUCAUAUUCAUGUAUCGAAUCAAAUGUGAACAAAUGAUGUUUUUCCCCUGUUCUACAGUAAAAUAAACAUUCUCCUUUUUCA